UUCUCCCCGCCUCUUUCCCUUCCUUGGAACUGCCAGUACUUGACGUGGCGUCACCGCCCUCUACCCUUACCUUGCGUGCGUGCUUGCGUGCAGCGGAGGUGGCGGCGCGGGCAGGUCGGAGCUGCGCGCUGCUGCUUCUGGUGUUGCUGUGGCUGCCAUCGCUGUCCGGCAGUCUUGGGCUGCSGAACAGAGGAGGCGCGGGUCGGAGCAGCGAGAAGCCCACGCAGCUCAGCCCUGGGCCUGGCGGGAGAGUGGGCUAGCGCGUGUCGGAGAGCGCCGCGCGUGCGAGCGGGCGCCAGUGAGGGAAAGAGGCGGGGGCGGCGGGUCAGCCGCGGGCCGGGCCGGCCGGGGGAUGUCGAUGCCUGACGCGAUGCCGCUGCCCGGGGUCGGGGAGGAGCUGAAACAGGCCAAGGAGAUCGAGGACGCUGAGAAGUAYUCCUUCAUGGCCACCGUCACCAAGGCGCCCAAGAAGCAAAUCCAGUUUGCUGAUGACAUGCAGGAAUUCACCAAAUUCCCUACAAAGACUGGCCGAAGAUCWUUGUCUCGCUCCAUCUCACAGUCCUCCACUGACAGCUACAGUUCAGCUGCGUCUUACACAGAUAGCUCUGAUGAUGAGGUUUCCCCCCGGGAGAAACAGCAAACCAACUCCAAGGGCAGCAGCAAUUUCUGUGUGAAGAACAUCAAGCAGGCAGAAUUUGGACGCCGGGAGAUUGAGAUUGCAGAGCAAGACAUGUCUGCUCUGAUUUCACUCAGGAAACGUGCUCAGGGGGAGAAGCCCUUGGCUGGUGCUAAAAUAGUAGGCUGUACACACAUCACGGCCCAGACCGCGGUGUUGAUUGAGACUCUUUGUGCUCUGGGGGCUCAGUGCCGCUGGUCUGCUUGCAACAUCUACUCAACUCAGAAUGAAGUUGCUGCAGCACUGGCUGAGGCUGGAGUUGCAGUGUUUGCUUGGAAGGGCGAGUCAGAAGAUGACUUCUGGUGGUGUAUUGACCGCUGUGUGAACAUGGAUGGGUGGCAGGCCAACAUGAUCCUGGAUGAUGGGGGAGACUUAACCCACUGGGUUUAUAAGAAGUAUCCAAACGUGUUUAAGAAGAUCCGAGGCAUUGUGGAAGAGAGCGUGACUGGUGUUCACAGGCUAUAUCAGCUCUCCAAAGCUGGGAAGCUCUGUGUUCCUGCCAUGAAUGUCAACGAUUCUGUUACUAAACAGAAGUUUGAUAACUUGUACUGCUGCCGAGAGUCCAUUUUGGAUGGCCUGAAGAGGACCACAGAUGUGAUGUUUGGUGGGAAACAAGUGGUGGUGUGUGGCUAUGGUGAGGUUGGAAAGGGCUGCUGUGCUGCCCUCAAGGCCCUUGGUGCCAUCGUCUACAUCACAGAAAUUGACCCCAUCUGUGCUCUGCAGGCCUGCAUGGAUGGGUUCAGGGUGGUGAAGUUAAAUGAAGUCAUCCGGCAAGUUGAUGUUGUAAUAACUUGCACAGGAAAUAAGAAUGUAGUGACACGGGAACACUUGGACCGCAUGAAAAAUAGUUGCAUUGUUUGCAACAUGGGCCACUCCAACACAGAAAUCGACGUGACCAGCCUCCGAACUCCGGAACUGACAUGGGAGCGAGUACGUUCUCAGGUGGACCAUGUCAUCUGGCCAGAUGGCAAACGAGUCGUUCUCCUGGCAGAGGGUCGUCUGCUCAAUCUGAGCUGCUCCACAGUUCCCACCUUUGUUCUGUCCAUCACAGCCACCACACAGGCUUUGGCGCUGAUAGAACUCUAUAAUGCACCUGAGGGACGAUACAAACAGGAUGUAUACUUGCUUCCUAAGAAAAUGGAUGAGUACGUUGCCAGCUUGCACCUGCCGUCAUUUGAUGCCCACCUGACAGAACUGACAGAUGACCAAGCAAAAUAUCUGGGACUCAACAAAAAUGGGCCAUUCAAACCUAAUUAUUACAGAUACUAAUGGACCAUAUUACCGAUGACCAGUCCACAUGAACCACACAAUUCUAAAAGAAAUAUUUUUUAAAAUAACUUUUAUUUUCUUUUAUUUCUUUCCUCUCAAUAAUUUUUUUUUUCUAUAAUUUCAUUCUUGUUUUCUCAUGUCAUUAUCCAAGUUCUGCAGAACAUACAAGGACUUGCUUUCUUCAUGGCUCUUUAGAUGAAACUGAGGUUCAAGGUUCCUCACCCUAGUCACUAAAGAAGGAUUUUGCUCUCCCCACCCAGAAAGGUGAUUCUUUCUUUACCGUUUCUGGGGACUUUAGUCUUAAUUGGGUACUUUAUUAAUAGGAAUUGCUAAGGUACCUUUUAUGUGGAUAAUAUCUGCAAUGUCUAAAUUGCCUUAAAAGAGCCCAUUUCUUGGCUGCUGAAAUCAGUGCUCUUUCACUUCCUCAGAGGAGCAGGGAUGGUACCUACCAGCCAGGUAGGUUAGAUGUAGGUGGUGCAUGUUAAUUUCCCUUAGAAAUUCCAAGCCCUGUUUCCUGUGUAAAGGUGGGAUGUCUGGUUCAAAGAUGUGUGCUAGUGAGUGUUGCUUAUUAAGAUCUAGUAGGCCCCCUUGAAUUUAUAGUACAGCCCUUCCUCCAUUCCCACCAGCCUCUCUCAUUUUUCUGGUUCUUAAACUGCAUUCUACCAAAUUGAAUUUUGUCCUCUAGCAUUUCUUUCUUUCUUUCUUUCUUUUUUUAAUAACACAGUUUUUAGUAUUGACACUGAGGAACUACUUGGGUGGUUAGUUUUUAACUAACUUCUUUUGAACCUUUGGAGCUAAGAGUGCAGAGUUGAGUCUAGAAAAAAGCUAAUCUCAAACUCUGAUGAGUCCCUCUGUUUCUAGUCCCUAGUUUAUAGCAUCAGUGAACUGGAGCCAUAAGCAGAUUUUCUCAGCUCUGCCCCAUACAGCUUAUGCUGAAGGCCAAUUUCUUGAGCCAUUACUCUGUAUAAAGCACUGAGCUCUAUCCUUAGGGUUUAUCCUUUAAGAGCAAAUUUCUGGUUAGCUGUGCUUCUGCAACCUAAAAUAGUUAAAGGGAGUAGGUAUGGAUGGAUGGAAGAAUGAUAAAUUGGGCCAAGGUAAAAGAAAUCUUACUCUAUAUAAUUUGUCUGAAACUAUAAGCCCUGUAUAAUGUUAGUUUCACAGAAGUGGUACCAUUUCUGUUUGACACCAUGCCACAAAAAGUUUAUGAGCUAAGAUCUUAAAGGGCAGAUUGUGAUCAGUACAUCCUGACUCAUACUCUGAAAGAAUCCCAGAGAGGCUCCCUCAAAGAUCAAGAGAGAUGUAUUCCCAUGCCAUGCACCCUGCUUACCAGCAUUUCUGCAUGGUUAAAUGGGCUUUAUGCUCAUAGGCUUUAAGCAUAUAAUUAUCCAGGAUUUUAAAUCCUUAACUUGUUCUAGCUUGUGAUCCUUUAAAGUUGGAUCAUACAUUAGUGCUAGAUACUAGAAAUUUCACUUCUCUGUUUCCAGUGAUCAGAGAAAUAGACAUUAAAAACAGGAAUAUAAGAAAGUUUUUACCCUGCAGCUUCCUAGCAGGAGACAAUUAUCUUGCCAAAAUUUUUCCCCCUCUUUUCCCAUUUCUCCCCCACCCAGUCCCUUCCUACUCCUUGCCAGUGUGACCGUGCUUUCUUCUCUGUAGAUGCUAACAGUUGAAGCCCUUUUUCCUAGGGCUCGUAACCAGCCAAUCAGAACACCAUAUCCAUUAGGGGACAUAACCUGGCCAACAGUGUAUCCAUUGGGUCAGCUCUGCUGGAGGGAGGCGGCUCAGGUCCUGCUGCCCUCUGGUGGGCCCUCUGAUCCUAUAGCUAUUAUGUGUCCAUAGRAAUAAUAGGUAAGGGCUCCGUCUCUGUCAAGCCAUGUAACAAAGGACACUGUGGAAAAUGUCUGGCAUCAGAGGGAGCGUGUGGAGAGCAACUUGGGAGGAAAAAGUUCAUUUUGUAUUGAAUGAUUUUUAAUGAAUGCAAUAUUAAUCCUUGCAGAUGAGCAAUAAUCAUUAAAGUCAAUUAAAAUGAU